UUUCAAACAAUGUUUGUCAUAAACUGGUUCCUAUUUACAGUCAGACAAGAAAUAAGGAAGUCGGUUUUUGACGGAAAAUAUCUGUAUUUCGUCUAUGUAUUUUGGAUGAGAGCGUGAAACAGAUGCAGUCAAGUUACUGAAUGUGGACACCGGCUGUUUGAACAGAUGAAGUCUGCAUUCACAGCAGUUUCCACGAUUGUCGCUCUUGUUUUGCUUCGCGCAUUGUGUGCCGAGGUCAAAAUAGGGAUAUCAGUCGAAGAUGUUCAGAUACGUGUUGAUCUGGAUCUGUCCAAUGUGGUCCGAAGGGUGGACGAAAGGUUUCUCUCUGUGGCUAUAGAUGCGAGUUUAAUAGCCGAGGAGAAGUUCAUGAACCUACUGAAUUCACCGAAGUUAAGAACCCUUGCCAAAGCCUUGGUCCCAGCGUUUCUGCGAUUUGGAGGUACCAAACAAGAUUUUAUGAAAUUCAACCCACGCGGAAGAUAUUUUCAAGCAAGAGAAAACAGCAGCAGCGCUGUUCUAGGAAAUGUAUGCAAGAGACUUGAAUUGCCUCCAUUGCUGGAAAACAGGUUAAAGCAAGAAUGGAUCCUACAGUCAAAGACUUUACUUCAGGAGGAACUAGAGGGAAAAUACAAAAAUACGAAAUUCUCUGAAUAUGCUGUCGACCUGCUGUAUGCCUUUGCAAACUGCUCCGGUUUAGACCUCAUCUUUGGUUUGAAUGCUUUGCUCCGAACCAGUGAAAACACGUGGGACAGUGCGAAUGCAGAACUGCUGUUGAAGUACUGUGAGUCCAGAGAGUAUGUGAUGUCUUGGGAGCUGGGGAAUGAGCCCAACAGCUAUGAAAAAAAAGCUGGGAUUAGAGUGGAUGGGUACCAGCUCGGUCAGGAUUUUGUCCAUUUGCAUCAAAUCCUUCAGGAAUCUGCGAUCUACAACUCAACUGGUCUAUAUGGACCAGAUAUUGGUCAGCCACGAGAUCACCGCAAAGAUUUGUUAAAUGGGUUUUUGGAGUCUGGAGCAGAGGCCAUUACUGCAUGCACCUGGCACCACUAUUAUGUGAAUGGCAGAGACACAUCUUUAGAGGAUUUCCUUGACCCUCAUGUGCUUGAUACUCUGGCAACAAAAAUCAACGAGAUCCUCGAGACCACCGAAUCUGCUUCUCCGGGAAAGAAGGUUUGGCUGGGCGAGACAAGCUCGGCGUAUGGUGGAGGUGCCUUUGGUCUAUCAGACACAUUUGUUGCUGGUUUUAUGUGGCUGGACAAACUGGGACUUGCUGCUAAGCUUGGUUUGGAUGUCGUUAUCAGACAGGUAUUAAUUGGUUCCGGCACGUACCAUUUAGUGGACGAUAACCUAGAUCCCCUUCCAGAUUAUUGGCUAUCAUUGUUAUACAAAAGGCUUGUUGGUCCAGAAGUCUUAAAAGCAGAAGUUAAUACGAAUUCUGAACAAAAGAAACCAAUACGGGUAUACCUUCACUGCACUAACAGAAAAAGUACAUAUUACAGAGAAGGUGCUGUGACCUUAUUUGCCUUAAACCUGAACAAAAAUGAAGCCACAAUUGCUCUGCCCGCACAUAUGGCCAACAGCACCAUUGAAGAAUUUGUGCUACAGUCUGCUGAGGCCGGUGAACAGAGCCUUUAUUCCAGGUCAGUCAAAUUGAAUGGGCAGUUGCUGAAGAUGGUGGAUGACCGAACUCUUCCUCCACUGGAGGGACGUGAGCUGCCGCAUGGAGCGCACAUUAAGCUGCCUGGCUUCUCAUUUGCAUUCUAUGUUCUGACUGAAGCACGAGCUCCAGUGUGCAAAUGAGCUCCGAUAGAGACUGCUUUCACUGGAGAAUCAGGGAUGUGCGAUGACAAAAUAUUUUGCUUUGAGAUUAUUUAUGUGAGGAAACUUCAACCUUGAAUGAAAUGAAUCAGUCUCUCAAUAUGAAAGCAACAUUUUCUAUUUAUUAUAAAUAUCGAGCUGAAACCACUCAAGACUAUUUUUAAUGAUCAACGCUGACUGGAUUUAAUCUAUUUUACAUCUGUUAAAAUAAACCGACUUUCAGAUAAGCGCUCAUUUGUCAGAAUAUUUUGCUUGACGUGAUUGAGUGUCUGUGCAGACAGUCAACCCUCUUCACUAUUGCAAUCAAGCCUUUUGAUUCUUAGUCAUUUUCUGUCUGUUAUUCUGUCUGUGUGUGAAAAGCACUGCAUGCAGCUAAAUGGAAUGGUUGAGACAUUUUGAGAAGCCUCUCAAAGGAAGACUUUAGAGCAUGUUACUCUGUGUGUGUGUGUGUGGUGAUUAUUGUAGCAGAGAGUCUCUUAAAAAGGAUUGAAACAUCUGGGCUUAAGUGAGAACACAGCUGGUACACGUACAGAUAAGUAUGCUACACUCUAUGCUUCUGUAAAUCGGCAAUUCAUUUAAAUGUCAAGGAGGAUUGUUACUGCAUGACAAGUUUUGUGAUAUAAAAAUAAAAUAUUUAAAGAGCAUUGUAUUGAAAGAACAUAACCUCAUGUAAAAUAAACACUGAUUAUCCCGAAGAGGGAAGCUAUUCUUGUAAAAAUUACGGUUUUAUUUGCAAGCCACCUGUCAGUUUGCUAAGGGGAUUCAAAAAUCUUUUUGCAGGGAAUUUUCAAAUAAUAGAAAAUUAUGGAAAGGUUAAAUUACUCACUUAUUUUGUUAAUUUAGAAGUGGAUGGAUAAGUGGGGUUUUGCCCACCUGGUGGCAGUGUUUACUACUGUUGAGAACCUCAAUUGGUCAAGAAUAAUUUUGGAAUUGCAUUACAGUUCAUGUAUGAAUGAGGACCUCAGGCAUUAUUCAUUGUUGGUGAUGUUGAGGUUUUAGUUUGGAGUACAUCCUUAUCUUUUAUUUGGCAUACCCUUUGCCCCAAAUAUUAAAUAAAAGGUUUAAAAACAUGCUAUGGUAAAUCAUAAGGAUGACAGUCAAAAUUCUGAAAUAAAUAUGGACCAUAUUAUAAAAAAAAUAAAUAACCAUCUCAAAA